UGGGGCCCCCUCCCGGCCCUGGGCUCUGCAGCCGCGGGGACGGACUGGGAGCUCUGGGUCCCAGGCUGGUGCUGUGCCUUGUGGGAGACCGCGGUGCCCCGCAGCCCUGGACUAGCCCUUGGGAUCGCCACAGCCCCGUGCCAGCCUUCGCUCCCCUCGCCCCCAGUAUUAUUCCCAGCAUCGUGACUUUUUCAACAUGUCAGAACCUAUAACUCUCAAUGUUGGAGGAAAACUGUACACCACUUCCCUGUCUACCCUGACUAGUUUUCCAGACUCCAUGCUGGGUGCCAUGUUCAGUGGAAAGAUGCCAACCAAGAGCGAUAGCCAAGGCAACUGCUUCAUUGACAGAGAUGGCAAAGUGUUCCGCUACAUCCUGAACUUCUUGAGAACUUCCCACCUGGACCUCCCUGAAGACUUCCAGGAAAUGGGCUUGCUACGACGGGAGGCAGAUUUUUAUCAGGUCCAGCCGCUGAUUGAAGCGUUGCAAGAGAAGGAGGUGGAGCUCUCCAAAGCUGAGAAGAACGCCAUGCUCAACAUCACCUUGGAUCAGAGGACACAGACAGUUCAUUUCACUGUUCGGGAAGCGCCCCAGAUCUACAGCCUGUCUUCCUCCAACAUGGAAGUAUUUAGUGCCCACAUAUUCAGCACGUCAUCUCUAUUCUUGAAGCUCCUGGGUUCCAGACUUUACUAUUGCUUCAAUGGCAACCUGUCUUCAAUAUCCAGCUACCUGCAGGACCCCAACCACUUGACCUUGGAUUGGGUCGCGACUGUGGAAGGCCUGCCAGAAGAGGAGUAUACUAGACAGAACUUAAAGAGACUUUGGGUGGUACCAGCUAAUAAGCAAAUUAAUAGCUUCCAGGUAUUUGUAGAAGAGGUGCUAAAAAUAGCCAUGAGUGAUGGAUUUUGUGUGGAUUCCUCCCACCCGCAUGCCUCUGAUUUCAUGAAUAAUAAGAUUAUUCGACUAAUUCGGUACAAGUAGAAAUAGCCUUUUGUUAUGGUAUCAGAAUAGACAUAACCAAACACAGUGUUUCAUUUUAAGACCCACUUCAAGACACUGUAACAAACAGCCUAAUAUAAAAUCAUGUGAUAAUGUGUACUAAGAAUCACUACCUGUGAGUUGAUUUUCCUAUACUGAAUUUACCAAUGACCUUUCAGAAUAUGUCUGUAGUCUAGAUGGAUGGAAUGUUGUCUGUUGGCUUGAGCAGGGUCUAGGAAUUAAGGAGUCCUGGGUUCCAUUUCUGCCUCCGCCACUGACUUGCUGUGUGAUUGAGGGCAGGUCACUUAACUUCUCUCUGACUCCAUGUUCCCACUGGAAAACAGGGAUAAUAAUACUUAACCUACUUCAAAAGAAUUCUGUGAGGCUUAAAUAAUGAGGUUUACAGAUUGCCUUGAGAUUAUCCAGUGCAGUGUUAUAAAGCUGCAGAGUUGUAAAUGCACUGGAUUUGAUUCUCCACCAUGUUGCACACUGUGUAGACAGGUUUCAGAGUAGCAGCCAAUUAUACCUGGCCAGAGAGGAUGUAGAAUGCUACCAGGUCAGCAGGAUAGAGAUUUCACACACACUUUUACACAGGUAUAAAUGACCAUGAAAGGAAGCAGAGAAUCUGGCUUAGAGUGUUUAAACUGAAGUCUUCUUUUCCCUGUAAUGAAGCCUCAGUCCUAUUCUUCUAUUGGAGUAGCCAUGUUUGCACUGGGCAAUUUGUAUCACAAAUGACGAAGGAUGCCAUGGCAGAAAGAAUAAUGCUGUAUACGUGGGUUUUGUUUAAACAUGCUGUGGAUACACUUAAACCCUUACUAAUUAUGCUCUAAUGCAUUAAAGAUAACUAGAUUUGAUCUUUCUCAUAAUGGCAUGUGUGUCUGGAGGAUACUGUUGAAAA